UGCGCUUCGGCAAAGGCACCUCUUUCAUGUGAAAUAUAUUUAUUUCAUCCCUAUGAUUUCGCAAAUCUGACAUCUCUAACAUGGGGAAAGACAAUCUAAGGGUGAUUAGAUUCAUCUGGUCGAUCAUCCUUCUUCGUGUAGCCCUCUGCCCGUCUCGCUUCUCGUCGAGAACGAGCGAUGUGCGCCAUGGCGGCAUCGACUGCAGCAGUGUCAGACUCGGAUCUCGGAAAGUCGGCGAUGGCGUCUCCAGACUGCCUUUCUCUUACCCGUUGCCUGGACCCUGGCCCGUCUCGCCAGGUAGCAGGCUUCGUUGGCAGGGUCCUCGUCGUCGUCGUCGUCGUCGUCGUCGGUCUCGAGGCCCUCGCAGGCGCAGAAUUCCAGGUAUGUCGGCAGCGGAGCGAGUUCGGGCGUCUGUAGCCUCGGGAUCCGCGGCGCGGCGGGGGCGGCGGGGGGUGGUGGUGGGACGUGGAGUGGGAACGUCGACCGGG